AUGGAAAAUCUCUCUCUCUCUCUCUCUCUCUCUAUCUAUCUAUCUAUCUAUCUAUCUAUCUUUCUUUCUUUCUUUCUUCCUCCCUUUCUCUCUUCUAUUCAUCAUCUAUCUGUCGCAAUCUGUUCAUAUCUAUCUAUCUAUCUAUCUAUCUAUCUAUCUAUCUAUCUAAGUCUAUCUAUCUAUUUCUGUCUGUUAAUUAUCUGUCUCAGUCUGUUCAUGUCUAACUCUAUCUCUUUAUCUCGGUCUAUCUAUCUAUCUAUCUAUCUCAUAUAUCUAAGUCUAUCUAUCUGUCUAUCUAUCUAUCUCUGUCUGUUAAUUAUCUGUCUCAGUCUGUUCAUGUCUAACUCUAUCUCUUUAUCUCAGUCUAUCUAUCUAUCUAUCUAUCUAUCUCAGUCUAUUCAUCAUCUAUCUGUCUCAACCUGUUCAUAUCUAUCUAAUCUAAUCUGUCUAUCUAUCUAUAUCCUAUCUAUCUAUCUAUCUAUCUAUCUAUCUAUCUAUCUAUCUAUUUCAGUCUGUUCAUUAUUAUCUAUCUAUCUAUCUAUCUAUCUAUCUAUCUAUCUCAAUUUAUUCAUUCAUUGUCUAUCUCAAUUCAUUCAUUCGUUAUCUAUCUAUCUAUCUAUCUAUCAAGUGUUUAUCCAGCCAAGCGUCGUCUCCACCUGUGCCUCUGGUAUUAUUUUGACAAUAAAUCAAGAACGAUACGGAAUUGUGCCGAAAAUCAAGAAUGGUAACAAUAUUAAACCAACAGAUGGAAAAAUAAUUAUAGCCCCUACCGACUGUGAACGCUUUCAUCUUGCAGCCGAUUGCGUUGAUUAG